GUCAAAGCAUCAUGGUAGAAAAUGUGAUGAAUUCAUCAGCUGAAGUUUCCGUGCUUCUUCUGGCGUUUGUGAAACAAUUACAAGCACAACUGCUUGUAAUUUUAAAUCAUUUCAGAGCCUGAAAUGUCCAAACCUGCACUACUUUCUCUUCAUCAAGCUCUGAGGAAAAGCUUCCACAGUCUUGAAAGCAACCAGAGGGAAUGGAGGAGCGUGUUGGCCGAGUGCAGCCCUCUCAUGGAGUCUCUCGGGAACUUGGCAGAGCAGUGGAGGGCUCUCUCCAACGUGCAGAUCUCCAACACGCCGCUCAGAGACUUCCCCGACCUGCAGGAGAGGCUGACAUUCAAACUUCUGCAAGCCACGGAUACUGUCCUCCUCAAAGUCAACGAGAAGAUGUCUUCACUCCAGUCAGUCAGAGACUCCGUCAGUAACCAGGUCUCUGCAGUCCUCCAGCUUUACGAGCAGAACUCAGACAGUCUGGACCUGCUCACGGUUACUGAACGCUCUGCCACCGCCCCGUCGGUCUCUGACAUGCUGGGGUGGCUGCAGGAUGCCGAGCGUCACUAUCUUUUCAGAUUUCUGAGGAGGAAGACUCUGCUGCUGACACUCAGAGCAGAAGAUCUCUCCCUGUUGGAAGACGCUCCCAAAAGAUGGAAAUCCAUGGAGUCGUCCAGUGCUGAAGACAGAAUCACAGAUACGCUCUGCAAAGUGUCCUUUUUUGUCGAGUCCCAAUGAAGUGGUGAUGUAAGUGGAACUCUGAGCAGCUUUCAUUGAAGAAGAAAGAGCGAUAACCUCAAAGGAACGAUGAAGAAACAUGAACACAAAGCUCAGAGGGACAGAUUUCUGUAUGGAUGUGAGGAGGAGGACUAGAGUCCCACUUUGUCAUCAACAUUUUGAGGGGUCAAAGUGUGGCAGAAGAAGAAGUCAGCAUCAUUUUGGUGCUCAAAGAUGACACAGUGAAAAUGAAUGUGUUGGCACAAACCAACAUGUAUGAUAGAGGACAGCCUCCACACACAACGACAGACUGGAUCAAAAAAACAGUUAUUGAGGCACACUUUAACAAACCUGUUUUAUUUCACACGUUGAACGCAGACACUCAGUGAAGACUUUAUGUGUCAAAUCAGGAGGUAAAAAUAACUGCUACAGAAAUCACUGCAACCAUGACAACACAAGCCAUCAUAACUGCCACUGUGUACUUUUUUAAAGUACAUUUAUGCAUCAGGCUUUCUUCAGGCUCUGCUGUAAAUCACAGUAAAAUCAUUAGAAAGAAUGCAUGUUAAAGACAUUUGGGCAUUGACUUCACUUUUGAAACCCAGAAUCUAUGUCCACUUCUUUAUACAAUCUAUGAAUAAAAAGUCAAGUUUCAACAAACAAAAUGUUUUUAAAAUACUGCAGACAAGUUUAAAAAGACAAAUAAAUACAAAAUGAGCAAAAUAUAAGUUAACGUAAUUUCAUAAAUAUAUAUAUAUUAUAUUUAUUGGUUAAAAUUCACAGACUUGAGACAGGUUAUUUUUUAACAAAGAACCAGAGUUACAAAGUUGAUCCGCUCCUCCUCCUAUACGUACUCCUUUAAGGG